AGGGAGCGCGAGCGUCUUAAACGGGCGCACGCCGCGUGCGCGCCCGACCCGCUUGCCCGCGCUCGGACGCGUCCCGAUGCGCCUCCGCCGGCCGGAGGAACCCUAGUCCUAGGGCUCGCCUCGCCGCCCCGAUGGGGGGCCGGCAGGGGUACCUCACCCUGCCGAUCUUCUCCGUGGUCGCGGCGAUCGGGUACGUCUACUACACCACGGUGUUCGUGGCCGUGCCGCGGUGGCUGGGCCUGUCCACGGCUGCGGGGGUAGCCAACGCCACCGCGUUCACUGCGCUAGCAGCCGCCUGCCUCGCCACCUACGCCGUCGCCGUGCGCAGGGACCCCGGGCGGGUGCCCCCGGGCUUCGUGCCCGACGUCGAGGACGCCGAGAGCACCGUUCACGAGAUCAAGCGCAAGGGUGGUGACUUGAGAUAUUGUCAGAAAUGUUGCCACUAUAAACCUCCACGUGCACACCAUUGCCGUGUUUGCAAGAGAUGUGUUCUAAAAAUGGACCAUCAUUGCAUUUGGAUUAAUAACUGUGUUGGACAUGAGAACUACAAGAUUUUCUUGGUCUUUGUAUUGUAUGCUGUGGUUGCAAGCUUCUAUGCAUUGAUUCUGAUCAUAGGGAGCGUUUUGCACAGUGUUCCUAAAGAUGAGCAGCCAGGCAGCGAUUCUUCUCGAACAUCCAUUAACUUAUCGAAUUGGCAGAUUAUCUGUGGGGUCAUUCUUUCUCCAUUAGCGUUAGCGUUGGCAGUGCUCUUGGGCUGGCAUAUUUACCUCAUAUUACAGAAUAAAACUACAAUUGAGUACCAUGAAGGAGUUAGAGCAAUGUGGUUGGCAGAAAAAGGUGGAGAUCUCUAUCAUCAUCCAUAUGACCUUGGUGUCUAUGAGAAUCUUAUUUCAGUUCUGGGGCCUAACAUAUUUUGCUGGCUCUGCCCUGUAUUGAAUACUGUUGGAAAUGGCCUCCGGUACCGUACAUCCUAUGAUAUUCCGAUAUCUACGCCACCAAUGUGAUAACAAAAGAUAGCAGCAGUCACAAUAGGUCAGGGUCUUGUAACUCUGCAAGAUACAGGAGAUGAUGACUACCACAGCCUCUCACCAGGUGUCUAUCCUGAGUCGAGACACGAACUCUUAACCAUGUUUUUUUUUAUUUCAUUCACAUACUUGAUAAAAUUCAAUCUGCCUCGCUUGUAAUCUGGAGUAGGCUGUUCUUACCAAAAAAAAGAAGCACUGUAAUUCUGUUGUAAAGUUCAUGUGUUUGAGAGAUGAGAGCCAUGUAAUGUAGCCAGAGGUCAUGAAAACCAUUUUUCCCAGAUUAUUUGUGUACAUUUGUUUAGAAUGGAAUGUGACAUCUGAUGUACUUUUGCA